CGCCAGUCGAACUAAAUACCUUCCAUCCUUCUGGAUUGUGUGAGAGUGUGUAUUAGCGCCCCGUCGCCUCGCAUUGCACCUAUAUCCAUCCAUGGCUCUUCGUCUUUCUCUUUCCAAGUGGAGUCGUCCGACGGCUCGCGCAUCGUCGCGAUGUGCCUUAUCCACCGCCACGGCCGCCUUUCCGGAUUACGUCUUGCGGGCGCCGACGACGGACGUCACGACGUUGGAUUCGGGAUUGCGCGUGGCGUCCGAAACGGUGCAAGGGUCGGAAACGGCCACGGUGGGCGUCUGGAUCGACGCCGGGUCGCGCUACGAAACGGCCCGGAACAACGGCGUCGCCCACUUUCUCGAACAUUUGGCCUUUAAAGGGACGGAACAACGGACCCAGCCGCAACUCGAACUCGAAAUCGAAAAUAUGGGGGGACACCUCAACGCCUACACCUCGCGCGAACAGACCGUGUACUUUGCCAAGGUCUUUAAGGAUGACGUCGGGAAAGCCGUCGAGAUUCUUUCCGAUAUCCUCUUGCACUCCAAGUUGGACGAGGCCGCCAUUGACCGGGAACGCGACGUCAUUCUCCGCGAAAUGGCCGAAGUCAACAAGCAACAGGAAGAAUUGGUGCUCGAUCAUUUGCACGCCACCGCCUUUCAGGGAACCGGACUCGGACGUACCAUUCUCGGUCCGGAAGAGAACAUCCGCUCCCUUUCGCGUACCGACCUCGUUGAUUACAUUCAGCAACACUACACCGCGCCCCGGAUGGUCAUUGCCGGAGCCGGAGCCAUUGAUCACGAUCAGCUUUGCGGACUCGCGAGUCAGCACUUUGGUGAAUUGCCCACCGCACCCAAGGAUGGACUCGAACUCGCCAUGGAACCAGCCAUCUUUACCGGAUCGGAUUAUCUCGUCAAGUUUAACUCGGACGACACGGCCCAUAUUGCCAUUGCCUUUGAAGCCGCUUCGUGGACUUCCGAAUACGCUUUCCCCCUCAUGCUCAUGCAAAUCAUGCUCGGAUCCUACAACCGCACUCAGGGACUCGGACGCAACCAUGCUUCUCGCCUCUGCCAAGAAGUGGCCGAACACGAACUCGCACAUUCGGUCAGCGCCUUUAACACGUGCUACAAGGAUAUCGGUCUCUUUGGCGUCUACAUGGUCGCCCCCGACAAAAAGGUCGACGACCUCAUGUGGCACGUCAUGAACAAUCUCGUCCGCUUGGUCCACACACCGUCGGAAGAAGAAGUCGAACGCGCCAAGCUCAACCUCAAGGCUAUUAUGCUCAUGGGGCUGGACGGACACGCCAACGUGGCCGAAGACAUUGGCCGCCAAUUGCUCACGUACGGACGCCGCAUGACGCCGGCCGAGAUCUUUUCGCGUAUCGACGCCGUCACCAAGGACGAUAUUCGAGCAACGGCGGCCAAAUUCAUCAACGACCAAGAUCACGCCCUCGCGGCCGUCGGAGGAAUCCAUGAACUGCCCGACUAUACUUGGGUCCGCCGCCAUUCCUACUGGCUGCGUUACUAGACACACACACGCACACACACGUGUGUUGGUGGAGUCGGCGGGACAGAAUAGUGGCGAAAAACGCGAGCGAGGAUCGUCGCUAUUAUACAUGGUAACGAGAAAGUAAAGACCAAAAAAAGACCUUUG